AUGGUUAGUGCUCUAAUAUAUAUAGUAUUUGGUAGAUAUACAGUGAGGGAAAAAAGUAUUUGAUCCCCUGCUGAUUUUGUGUGUUUGCCCACUGAUAAAGAAAUGAUCAGUCUAUCAUUUUAAUGGUAGGUUUAUUUAAACAGUGAGAGACAGAAUAACAACUAAAAAAUCCAGAAAAACAUGUCAAAAAUUGAUUUGCAUUUUAAUGAGGGAAAUAAGUAUUUGACCCCCUCUCAAUCAGAAAGAUUUCUGGCUCCCAGGUGUCUUUUAUACAGGUAACGAGCUGAGACUAGGAGCACCCUCUUAAAGGGACUACUCCUAAUCUCAGAUUGUUACCUGUAUAAAAGACACCUGUCCACAGAAGCAAUCAAUCAAUCAGAUUCCAAAUACUUUUUUCCCUGUAAUACUGUAAUGCUCAUUGCUCUAAUAGACAUAGUUAUUGGUAGAUAUAAUGCUUGUUGCUUUAAUAGAUAUAGUUCUUGGUAGAUAUAACGGUUAGUGCUCUAAUAUAUAUAUAGUGUUUGGUAGAUAUAAUGCUUAGUGCUCUAAUAGAGUGUUGUUAAUUUGACUCUGCCAGCUCUCUCUCUAGGAUGUUGAGUGGGCCUGACAGCAGUAGAGUGACUCAGUUUGCCCCCAGGUUCCCACUCCUACGCUUUUCUUGUCUGCACAAACCAAAGUAGAAUGCAGAUAGCCUGGGCACUGUGUUCCCCGGAUAAGGUGCCACCCCAGGUGAACGAGGCGGAGCCUGCCCAGGUUAAGUUAAAGGAGGUGGAGUCUAGCCAGGUUAAGCUGCAGGAGGUGGAGCCUGCCCUGGUGAAUCUGAAGGAGAGGCAGAAGUUCUUUGAAGAGGCAUUCCAGCAAGACAUGGAUCAGUACCAGUCCACCGGCUACCUGCAGAUCAGUGAGAGGAGAGGGCCAAUAGGCAGCUUUUCAUCCAUGGAGGUGAACGUAGACAUGCUGGAGCAGAUGGACCUGACGGACAUGUCCGACCAUGAGAGCCUUGACGUCUUCCUCCACUCUGGGGGAGAGGACAACAGCGUUGCCUCGCCCAUGCUGGGUCCAGACGUGGAGUCAUUAACCACAGAGAUCACACUGCAGGUUCCCACCCAGGCUGAGCUGAGACACACGCUCUCCUCCCUCUCAUCCACUGACAGGCAGGACACCAAGGCUAGCGAGGAUGAAGGGGGUAGGGAGGACCACAUCCACUGUACUGCCGGGGUGCAAUCAUACGAAACAGAGGUUCCCCCCAACACAGGCCUAGCAGGGAGGCCACUGCUCCAGCCACCCAGUAACCAGCCACUUAAACACUGAGGUCAGCAGCUCACAGGCCACGUAAGGGCCAGGGUAGAAACGAAGACACUGAACUGCCCAAAACCCUGCAAGGACUGGUUGCGAUGCAUGGAAGAAGAGAUGCAUCAUUUAUGUUCACUGUAUUUUCAUCCGUUUUGUAAAUAACUAAUUCCAUGUUGAACAUUGUGGUUACAGUAUUAUUCCCCCCACAUCUCUUGACUUGUUAAUAAACAUUUCACCCCCUUG